AUGUUAGAAUUUCCAAAUCUUCAAUGUUCACAAAAUGCAGUAACAGCUGCAGGAAAUCUUAUUAUAUCUAUUCAUAAAAUGACGACACAAACACAAAUAACACAUGAAAAACAACUUGUUCAAGAUGAAUCCGAUCGUUUAUUAGCUGAUUUAAUACCAAAUUUAUGUAUAAUUAUAAAUACAUCAACAAGUCGUUCAUUAGCACAAAUAGCACUUGAUACAAUAAAAAAUAUAUUAGAAGAAGUUAAAUUAGAUAUGCUUAAACAUAUAACAUUAUUGGAAAAAAUUGCUCACUGUGUUCAAAAAGUUCUUGCUUAUAAAACAAAAUGUCAACAAGAAAGUGAUGAUGAAAAUGAUGAAAAUGCUGGUGGUGAUAGUCGAGAACAAGAUGGCCGAGAUGAUGCUGAAUACGAUGCUAUGUUAAUAUCAACUGGUGGAGAUCUUCUACCAGUAUUAACAUCAAUUGCAUGUACUGGUAAAGUUCAAUUUUUUCCUGGUUAUUUAUCAUCAAUUAUACCAAAAUUACAAAAACGACUUAGACAUCAAGCAAGUGUAUCCGAUAGAUCGUUUGUUAUUGGUGUACUUGCUGAAACAGUACAAAAUAUGAAUGAAAUAUUAGUUACACCAUAUUUACAAUCACUUUUUACGAUGUUUUAUCAAUAUUUACUUGAUGAUGAUGAAGAAGUACGAACAAAUGCAUGUUUUGGUAUGGGUGUUCUUUGUGCUGUAGCUAAUCAACAAUUACUUAGUCAAUAUGAAACAAUAUUAAAUCGUCUUUCUCAAGUUUUAAUUAAAGAAACAAAUCUACGUAUGAUUGAUAAUAUUUGCAGUUGUCUUUGUCGAAUGAUUGUUGUAAAUCAAAAAUUAGUUAAUAGUUUUCGUAAAAUUUUUACAAUGCAAAAUAAUCAAACAAUUAUAUGUGUCUUAGGAGAUUCAAAAAUUAAUGAGGAAACAUAG